GCGCCGCCGCGUCUGCGGACGUGGGGACGCCGGCCGUCCGCCCGCAGGCUCGCGGGGCCCGAGGCUGACCGACGACCAGGGAGGCCAGGGCUCGCUGGGCCUGCCCGGCCGCGCCUCUUGCUUUCCCGGCGUCCGCGUGCGGCGCCUUCGUCGUGGCCUCAGGCGCGACCCGGGACCAGCGGCCCAGGCGUCGCCUGAGGACCUGCCGGCAGGGGGCUCCCGGCCCGCGGUGUCCGCCCGCGGCCCUCCAGGUGGCUCGCGCCCACACAGGACGGCGCCCUCGGCGGGGAGGCUCGGGCUCGGCGCAGUCGUGGGCCCGGCGGCGGCGCGAGGCCGGCCGCCCGCCAGUGCCUGCGGUUAGGUCCGCCUCUCGCUCCCGCGCUUGCCCUGCUGGUCUUGAAGCCCCGAGGCUCUCCGGCUCUUGCUGGGGCGUCUGUUCCACCUGUGCUGCAGAUCCCACUGUUUACGAGACAGCUUCAUUUAUUAGUCAAUAGUCUUUAUUAAAAAAAUUUAAACUGUAAAAUAAGACUCUGCCCUACGUGUGGUCUGGGACCUUCUAAAAUUCAUGGCCAUGCCUAGCGUGCUGUGGAUCAUUCAAGUGGUGCAAAACCCGGCUGCAGAGCAGCGGCUUAUUAUCCGCGUAACCUUGCGGGGAAAGCUUAGGCUCCGUCCCGGGGGGCGCUCGCCCCUCUUGGAGAGCGCCUGGGACUGCGCUGUUGCUGCGGUUGCCGCUAAGUGUCCCAGCUCUGCCUACAGCAAUGGGGAUGGGGGCGAUCAACUCGAGCGCGGAGCUGCCGUUAUCUGCUACAGCCAGUUGUUACCGUGAAAAAUUCUUGCCAAGUCGUAUUAAAACAGGCUAGUAUUCAGAAAAAUAUACAUCGUCUGUUAAACAUGAAUGAAUUGUCUUUACUAUUCAUAAAGUAUUCUAAGAUCUUAAGAAUUUUUACAACCAAAGCCAGAAAUCCACGUUGUUCACAUGUAUGAUCCUUUAUCUUUCACAAAAUUGUAAGUUAUCUCAGGACAAAUCACGUGUUUUCUCCUUUUCUCCAGCUGUACAACAAAACCAAACAGCUAGGCUCUUAGUAAUACUCUCAGUAAUUACUCAGAAUUCUGAAAACUCCCAUUGCCACUGCUGACAUACCACUGUCCACCCUCCACAAUGGGCCUCGUCUCACCCCUUGGUCAGGGCCUUUGGGAGCGCGGGUGCUGGUUGUGCGGAUGUCUGCAUGUUCUCUCAGGGGUCGGUGACAUUCGGAGAUGUGGCCAUAGACUUCUCCCGGGAGGAGUGGGAGUGGCUUCAGCCUGCUCAGAGAGAUCUGUACAGGAUUGUCAUGCUGGAGAACUACGGCCACCUGGUCUCCCUGGGUCUUAACGUUUCUAAGCCAGAUGUGGUUUCCUUAUUGGAGCAAGGGAAAGAGCCUUGGUUGGGGAAUGGAGAUGUGAGAAGAGAUCUCUUUUCAGUUUCAGAGUCAAAUGGUGAGAUCCAAGUGUUGUCUCCAAAAAAAGUCAUAUGUGAAGAUGACUCAUCUCAGUAUUUGAUAAUGGAAAGAAUCCUAAGCCAGGGCCCUGAGUCUUCUCGUUUUAAAGGGGGCUGGAAAUAUGAGGAUGCUACUGAGAUGCUGCAAGGAAAUCAAGGAUGUAUUAGGCGAGUGACAGUCUCUCAUCAAGAAGCCCUGUCUCAACACAUGAGUAUCAAUACUGUGGAGAGGCCCCAUGGAUGCCAUGAAUGUGGAAAAACUUUCAGUCGGCGCUUUUCCCUUGUGUUACAUCAGAGAACUCAUACUGGAGAGAAACCAUAUGUGUGUAAGGAAUGUGGCAAAACCUUUAGCCAGAUCUCAAACCUUGUGAAACAUCAAAUGAUACAUACUGGAAAGAAACCCCAUGAGUGUAAGGACUGUAAUAAAACAUUUAGUUACCUUUCAUUUCUCAUUGAACACCAGAGGACACAUACUGGGGAGAAACCAUAUGAAUGCACUGAAUGUGGAAAGGCCUUCAGCCGUGCCUCAAACCUCACUCGACAUCAGAGAAUUCACAUAGGAAAGAAACAAUAUAUAUGUAGGAAAUGUGGGAAGGCCUUUAGCAGUGGCUCAGAACUCAUUCGUCAUCAGAUUACACACACUGGAGAGAAGCCUUAUGAAUGCAUUGAAUGUGGGAAGGCAUUUCGCCGUUCUUCACAUCUUACUCGACAUCAGACCAUCCAUACUACCAAAACCCCCUAUGAAUGCAAUGAAUGUAGGAAAGCCUUCCGCUGCCACUCAUUCCUGAUUAAACACCAGAGAAUUCAUGCUGGAGAAAAGCUCUAUGAAUGUGAGGAAUGUGGUAAAGUUUUCACAUGGCAUGCAUCCCUUACGCAACAUAUGAAAAUUCAUACUGGAGAAAAACCCUAUGCAUGUACUGAAUGUGACAAAACCUUUAGUCGGAGCUUUUCCCUCAUUCUACAUCAGAUAACUCAUACUGGGGAGAAACCCUAUGUAUGUAAGGUAUGUAAUAAAUCCUUCAGCUGGAGCUCAAACCUUGCUAAACAUCAGAGAACACACACUCUGGAGAACCCCUAUGAAUAUGAAAAUUCAUUUAAUUACCACUCAUUCCUUACUGAACACCAGGGAAUUCACACUGUCGAGGAAACCUAAGAAUGUAGAGAUUAAAAAAAAAAAAGUAGCUAAUGCCUUACUUUGACUUCAGAGAACUCUUAGAAAGAAGCCUUAUGUGAAUAUGUCGAAUGUGAAGAAAUGUGAUCCAUGCUUUAUUCAGUAUCCUGGAGAAAAAUCCAGGAAUUUGUGGGAAAGCCAUUACUAGCUGCUUGUUCUUUUUGUAAUAUCAGAAGAUAACAUCAAUCAAUAUUGAGAAGGCUCUUCAUCUGGUGGGAUUCCUUUACCCUGCAUUUGUAAAUUCCUCCUGGGAAAGGACACAUGUCCAAUAAAUGUGAGAAAGCUGUUAAUUAGAUACUGGCGCUCAUUCUGCAUCUGUCAGCUCAAGCAGGACAGAAUACAUGAUGGGUAAGGGUGCAUUUUUUCAUGGACAUGAGAAAAUUCCUAAUGAAGCAAAGGCAUAAAAACAGUGAUUUGAGAACGGCUUUGUGUACCACCCAAUACUUAGUAAAUUUUAAAAUACUCUUCUAAAGAGAAAAAGCAGCUCUGUAAAUGAACUGAAUAUAGGGUGACUGUGCAGUAUUUCAAACCAACAGAAUUAAAUGGGAAAAAACUACCAUUGUAAUUAAAUGAGUGUGGCAAAAUCUUAGAGUUCUGAGAAGUCAUACUGGAG